CUGUGGCGGCGGGCUCGCGCUGCUGAGACAGGCAGAGCACUGCGCGCGCUCACGGACUCCCUCUCAGCCACACACACACACACACAUACACACACUCACUCACUCCCCCCAAACAAAGAGAAGCACGCGAGGCAGCGCAGCAUCAUCUCACCCUUUCAGCCGCGAGCGCACAGGCACUCUCAGAUCCCCCUCCCCCCCCCACAGAACCGGUCCGGUCCCAGGCUCGCACAGAUCCGACCAUGAGCACCAACGGCUCCGCCAACGGAACCAGCGACAUGCUGCAGAUCCAGUUCGGUCUCAUCAACUGCGGGAACAAGUACCUGACGGCGGAGACGUUCGGCUUCAAGAUCAACGCGUCCGCCUCGAGCAUGAAGAAGAAGCAGAUCUGGACUCUGGAGCAAAGCGGCGACGAGUCCAGCGGCAACGUCUUCGUCCUCAAGUCACAUCUGGGCCGGUACAUCGCCGCCGACAAGGACGGGAACGUCACCGGGGACAGCGAGACCCCGGGCCCGGAGUGCCGCUUCGUCAUCACCGCGCACGAUGACGGCCGCUGGUCGCUGCAGUCCGAGUCGCACGGCCGCUACCUGGGCGGCACCGAGGACCGGAUCAUCUGCUUCGCCCAGACCGCGUCCGUGGCGGAGAAGUGGAGCGUGCACAUCGCCAUGCACCCGCAGGUGAACAUCUUCAGCCUGACGCGCAAGCGGUACGCGCACCUGAGCUCCAAGGUGGACGAGAUCGCCAUCGACCGGGACGUCCCGUGGGGGGUGGACUCCAUGAUCACGCUGGUGUUCCGGGAGCAGCGGUACCACCUGCAGACCUCCGACAACCGCUUCCUGAGCAACGACGGCGCGCUGCUCGCCACCACGGACAGGAGCACCGGCUACACUCUGGAGUUCCGCUCCGGUAAGGUGGCCUUCAGGGACUGUGGCGGCCGGUACCUCGCGCCCUCCGGACCCUCCGGUACCAUGAAGUCCGGCAAGAGCGCGCGCGUGGGCAAGGAUGAGCUGUUCGUGCUGGAGCAGAGUCACCCACAGGUGGUGCUGACCGCGGCCAACGAGAGGAACGUCUCCACCCGGCAAGGUGGGUGUGGUGGUCCG